UUGUGGUGCUGAAACCACAUCACAUACAUUCUAUCUCAAAAAAUCAACUCAUCAAUGGCAUCUUCAUCAUCUUUUCCCUCCACUCCAGCCUUCUCUUCUCAAUCAUGGAAUCAUGAUGUUUUCCUUAGUUUCAGAGGAGAAGAUACCGGCAGGACUUUUGUUGAUCAUCUCUACUCGGCUCUUGUCCUACAAGGAAUCGACACUUACAAAGAUGACGAAACACUUUGUCAGGGUGAAUCGAUCCGUCCAUCCCUUGUGAAGGGUAUUGAGGAAUCACAAAUAACUGUCAUCGUAUUCUCUGAAAACUAUGUAGAUUCACCUGGGUGCUUGGAUGAACUUGCACUUAUUAUGAAAUGCAAGGACAUGAGAGGGCAAAUCGUGAUGCCCAUAUUUUAUGAUGUGGAUUCGUCUGAAAAGCGAAUGCAAAAACGGAAAUAUGGAGAAGCAUUUGCUAAACAUGAGUUGGAGAACAAAGUUGGAUCCUGGAGAAAAACACUUGUGGAUGCAAGUAACCUUUCUGGAUGGGAACCCAUGAACAUUGCCAACGGGCAUGAAUCAAAGGCUAUCAAAGAAAUUGUUGACAAGAUUUCAUCGAGGUUGCAACUAGUAACUUCAAAUGCAAAUGAGAACCUGAUUGGAACAGGGGCUCGAGUCCAUGGUCUUGAAUCAAACCUACAACUUGGGUCAGGUGCGCAUGAUAGGAAUAUGGGGGGUUGGGGGUGGUGGUAAGACUACUCUUGCAUCUUCUAUAUAUGAUGAAAUCUUUAAAAAGUUUGAUGGUUGUUGCUUUAUUGCAAAUAUUCGAGAGGAAUCAAAAAGGCAUGGUUUGGAAACAUUGCAAGAAUUUUUUUUUUCAAAAAAUGGAAGCAAACAACAUUGGAGGAGUAAGAUGUUUGAUACAUAAGAGGUUGCGUCGUAGAAAGGUCCUUAUUUUUCUUGAUGACUUCGAUCACCUUGACCAACUAAAAUCUUCAGCUGGAUCACCUGAUUGAUUGGUUCAGUGAAGGAAGCCAAAAUGCCAAAUAAUAAUCACAACCAGAGAUGAGCAUUUAUUAAAAGCUCACAUAGUUUUGGCACAAGAUGUUAGUUUGUUUAACGAUGAUGAGGCUAUUGAUCUUUUUUCGCAAGCAUGCACCUUGGGAUUCCAGAUUUAUGGAAGAUUAUUAGCAGCUUUCAAAAGAAAUGGUCUCUUAUACCGGCGGACUUCCAUUAGCACUUACAGUUCCCAAUUUUUUUCUGUGUGACAAAAACAUUCAACGGUGGAGGAGUGCGUUAGCCAAAUAAAAGAGAUCCCAGAUAUAUACUAAGAGUGUGUUUAGUUACAGUAAAAUAGUUUUCAUUUUCAGUUUUCCAUUUUCGGAUUUCAUUGGGAAAUUUAGAAAAUGUGUUUAAUUAAAACUUAUUCAUUUUUCAUUUUCUAUUUUAGAAAAUUAAAAAACAUGUUUAGAUGUACAUUUUUCUAUCAGUUUUUAUUCACA